UGGUCCCGCCGGAAGGACUUGAGCGCCCAGGAGCCGGGAGGCGAACCUGGGACCCGCUGGCCUCGCUCGGUGCGCGCCUCCCUCCCCGCAUGGAGCCCGCCGAGCGCUCGCGGGUCCCCAGGAUCGACCCGUACGGAUUCGAGCGGCCUGAGGACUUCGACGACGCCGCCUACGAGAAGUUUUUCUCCAGCUACCUGGUCACGCUCACCCGGAGGGCGAUCAAGUGGUCCCGGCUGCUGCAGGGCGGGAGCGUCCCCAGGAGCCGGACAGUGAAACGCUAUGUCCGGAAAGGGGUCCCACUGGAGCACCGUGCCCGCGUCUGGAUGGCGCUGAGUGGGGCCCAGGCUCAGAUGGACCAGAAUCCCGGCUACUAUCACCGGCUUCUCCAGGGAGAGAGAAACCCCAGGCUGGAGGAUGCCAUCAGGACAGGUGUCACUCCGUUACCCAGACUGGAGUACCUGAACCGGACCUUCCCUGACAAUGUGAAGUUUCGGAAGACCACGGACCCCUGCUUGCAGAAGACCCUGUACAAUGUGCUGCUGGCAUAUGGGCACCAUAACCAGGGAGUGGGCUACUGCCAGGGAAUGAAUUUUAUAGCGGGAUAUCUGAUUCUUAUAACGAAUAAUGAAGAAGAAUCUUUUUGGCUGUUAGACGCUCUUGUUGGAAGAAUACUACCUGAUUACUACAGCCCGGCCAUGCUGGGCCUGAAGACCGACCAGGAGGUCCUCGGGGAGCUGGUGCGGGCGAAGCUGCCGGCCGUGGGGGCCCUGAUGGAGCGGCUGGGCGUGCUGUGGACGCUGGUGGUGUCCCGCUGGUUCAUCUGCCUGUUUGUGGACGUCCUGCCCGUGGAGACAGUGCUUCGGAUCUGGGAUUGUUUGUUUAACGAGGGCUCGAAGAUUAUCUUCCGGGUGGCCCUGACCUUAAUUAAGCAGCACCAGGAGUUUAUUUUGGAAGCCACCAGCAUUCCAGACAUUUGCGAUAAGUUUAAGCAGAUAACCAAAGGCAGUUUCGUGAUGGAGUGUCACACAUUUAUGCAGAAAAUAUUUUCAGAACCUGGAAGCUUAUCCAUGGCCACCGUCGCCAAGCUGCGUGAGAGCUGCAGGGCCCGGCUGCUGGCACAGGGGUGAGCGUGCCUGUCUCCUGCGUUGCUUGUCUCCGCACAGACGGCGAUUCUCCUUUCUAGAGUUGACACUGGACCAGCUUUCACUGCUUUCCUUUUUAGUGUUGUAAACACUUGACAUCACUACACUUUAGCUGUGAAUUUUUUAAAAGAGCAGUUUAAAAUCAGGUCAUUCUACCAGCUUUUGAUUAGUUAUGAAGUCAUACUUUUUAAAGAAAACUUUUUACCUGAGAUACCAAUAAUAUAUAAAAUGUGAGAUGUGGGUUUGUAUCUAAUAAUGUAUGCCAACACUUGUGAGUUUGUGA